UCUUCUUGUUUUGAAGGUCACAAGGUCGAACACUGCUGGGUCGGCUCGUCCUCUCUUCGUCCUGCUUUUGAAAUUCUCUAGUCCUCUCCGGUCUUUGACAAAACCGGCAGCAAAUUUAUUCGGAAUCAUGGCAAAGUACAAGAUUGUGAUGGUGAGGCACGGCGAGAGCGAGUGGAACCAGAAGAACCUUUUCUGCGGAUGGUUCGACGCCGAUUUAAGCGACAAGGGAAAACAAGAGGCAGCGGCUGCCGGCACAGCUCUCAAGAAUUCCGGCUAUCAGUUCGAUGUGGCCCACACCUCUCUGCUGACCCGUGCCCACAAGACUCUUGGUGCUAUCCUGGCCGAGAUUGGACAGCCCGAUUUGCCCACUGAGAAGACCUGGAGGCUCAACGAGAGGCACUACGGCGGUCUCACUGGUCUCAACAAGGCCGAAACCGCAGCCAAGUAUGGCGAGGAGCAGGUCCAGAUCUGGCGUCGCAGCUUCGACACUCCCCCGCCCGCUAUGGAGGCCGACCACCAGUACUACGACACCAUUGUGAAUGACCCCCGUUACGCCAACGGGCCUUCCAAAGAUGAGUUCCCUAAGUUUGAGUCUCUCAAGCUGACCAUCGCCCGCACCCUUCCCUACUGGAAUGACGUCAUCAUUCCUCAGCUGAAGGAGGGCAAGAGGGUGCUGAUCGCCGCCCACGGAAACAGCCUCCGCGGAAUUGUCAAGCACCUUGACAACAUGUCUGACGAUGCCAUCAUGGCUCUCAACCUGCCCACCGGCAUCCCCUUUGUCUAUGAGCUGGACGAAAACUUCAAGCCUGUGGUCUCGAUGCAGUUCUUGGGGGAUGAGGAAACUGUCCGCAAGGCCAUCGAAGCCGUCGCGGCCCAGGGUAAGGCCAAGUGAGCAUUUUUAUUUGAGAAACAAAGCAACUUGCUGAGUUAUUUAUUGAAAGAAAUAUGUUAAAAUUGAGGUUAAAAACCAAAAUAUUAAUAGGAAAAGAAGUCGCCAACUGUGUUUAAAUUUUUGGUGCUUUCCAAACCAAAAGAAAAAAAAGCAUACUAGAAAAUAAAUACGCCAGCUUUGCUGUGUAGAAAUGUGGGCAAUAAAAACAAUUAUUGAAAUUGGA